AUGUUAGAACUGGAGCCUGUUGGGAGGAAGCAGUCGUACAACAACUUCACGUACGAUCGCUCCAAGAUUCACUGUCCCUCUCAGGCCAGUCCCUUCGUCUUCACCAAGAUAAACAGCCUUCCUGUUCCACCAGUAACCCUCCCACCUACCUCCAGUCCAAGUUCAGCCGUCCCUGCGCCGAAGUGCCCCUCCUCUCUGCCCGUGUGGGUGCCAGUGGUCUCGGGAGUCGGCAGUUUACUGGCUGGCAUCCUCGUCGCCUACAUGCUGUUCUCCUGCAGACAGAAACACAAAGUGCAGAGAGGAGUGGAAAUGAGGGCCACCAACUUUUAA